AUGCCGGUUACUGGUUUCAUGGUUUUUCGACUGAGGCAAAGGAGGGUUAGGAAGUCAGCCGAAGAGGCGACACGGCAAGAACACGAAAUUGAGUUGAGGAUAACUUCGAAGUUAAAGGAAAAGGAUGGCUUCCGUGCGAUGCACAUUAAACAUCCAAGGGCCGGAAAACGACAACUAAAUUGCAGUGAUGGGACGGAAGUACCUGGCAAGGCUUUGAACAGUGCAUGGGCCCCUCCAAGAAGCACACUUAUACGGCUCUUUGGGCAGUGA